ACCACAUUCUACACAUAAAUGUGAAAGCCAGAUCUCUCUUCAAACCUUCCUACUGAAGCAAUGUCCGGCACCUGCGCACACAUCUUGGUCUACCCGUUCCAAUCAUCUGGCCACAUCAUUCCCCUCCUCGACCUCACCCACCGCUUCCUCACCCGCGGCCUCACCGUCACCGUUAUCGUCACCCCCAACAACCUCUCCCUUCUCGACCCACUCUUUUCCCGUCACCCCUCCUCUUCCCUCCAAUCCCUGGUCCUCCCCUGGCCCACCAUCACAAACUCGGCCCCCAGCCACCACAGACUCUUUGGCAUGUUGGCUGGCUUGCGUGAUCUCCAUUACUCAGCAAUUCUCCAGUGGUUCCGAUCACACCCUUCCCCACCCGUCGCAAUAAUCUCUGAUUUCUUCCUUGGAUGGACUCAAAAUCUCGCUUCGGAGCUGGGUAUAAAACGUGUUCUCUUCUCGCCCUCCGGAGCCUUUGGUUACUCCGUAGGCCAGGCAAUAUGGAAAGAGUUACCGAAGAAGGGAACAGACGGUGAUAUCGACAACGAAAAUUACAUCGUCACGUUCCAGACGCUACCGAAUUCUCCUAAAUUCGCUUGGUAUCAGAUAUCUCAUCUUUACAGAAAUACCAAAGAAGGAGACCCAGAUAGGGAAUUUUUCAGAAGCAACUCACUGAGUAAUAUGACAAGUUGGGGAAGAAUCUACAACACGUUCUCUGAGUUAGAACGCGUUUACAUCGAUCAUGCGAAGAAGGAAAUCGGUCAGGAUAGGGUUUGGGCUGUGGGACCCCUUCUGCCACCUGAGGAUGAUGCGGCUGACCUGGCAAACCGUGGUGGGUCCAGUACAGUCCAAUGUUCCGAGUUAAUGGCGUGGCUCGACGGCUGCAAGGACCAUUCUGUUGUCUACGUGUGCUUCGGGAGUCGUUAUGUUCUGACACGUGAGCAAAUGGAUGCGCUGGCAGCUGCGUUGGAGAAGAGCGGGGUCCAUUUCGUAUGGUGCGUGAGGUACCCCGGCAGUGGACCCACUUCGAGCGAUGACGGCGUGGUCCCAGAUGGGUUCGAAGAUCGUGUGACCGGGAGAGGGUUCUUGAUCAAGGGAUGGGCGCCACAAGUAGCGAUCUUGAGGCAUCGGGCGGUGGGAGCGUUUUUGACUCACUGUGGAUGGAAUUCCACGCUGGAAGGGAUUUCGGCUGGCGUGGUGAUGCUGACGUGGCCAAUGGGUGCUGACCAGUUUUCUGAUGCACGAUUGUUGGUUGAUCAACUUGGGGUGGGGAUUCAAGUGGGAGAGUCGACUCAGAUUAUUCCUGAUUCGACCCAGUUGGCUCGAGUUUUGACUGAGUCGGUGGAGGAGGACAUAGCGGAGAGAAGUCGAGCCAAAAAGUUGAGUGAGGCGGCGGCGAGCGCGGUGAUGAAGGGGGGAAGCUCGGAGAGAGAUUUGGAUGCAUUUGUUGAAGCGGUGAAUCAGCUUAGAACAGAUUGAUAACUAUAGAGAAUAAUGUUUGCUUUACCUGUUUUACACAUUAUGAUUUGUUGUGAUAGAAAAGCUGGAUGUUUGUUGCUUAAAAGAGAAAAAAGGGAGAAAAAAGAAUGUCAUAUAUUAUUGCCAAGUGUGGUAGGGUUGAUCUAUCAGACAAAAAGAAAAAAAGAAGUUAUGUAGGAUUGAAAUUUGGAAUCCUAAGAUUCCUAAAUCCUAACACCUCAUAAUCUCUGUUUUAAGAACUGUAUCAAAAUUUUAUUUUAUUGCAAAAGACCUUAAUUAACAUUUUCAAUUAAC